AUGGUUUGCAAAGAGGACGUGGUAUCAUGGUUUAAAGAAUUGGAAAGCUAUAAACGCAUAGACGCGAUGUGUACGUUAUUAAAUAUGUGUUUGCCAUUUGAACUACGUUUCAUUGGCACAUACCUAGAGGAGCUGGGUAAGCGGGACUUUCAGGAGUUGCGUGGUGCUGAACUGAGAGCCAACAACCCCACAGACCUGGCUGCGGACAUUGGAGGCGCCAACACAGACCCUAGGACGCGGCGGAAAAUGGCCUUGUACGUGUCGUUGCUGCGUUCGUGUAAUUUCGCGUGUGCUACCACAUUGUACAAUGCCAUGGUCAGUUUGGAGCAGAGUGGGUUGUUGAAAGGCUUGUACGGUGAUCUCCUCGAAGAAAUUUUACUUCUGUACACAAUGGCGUUACAUCAUCCGGCGUUUACAUUUGAUCAAAAAUCGCAUUUUGGUGAAAUACUAGAGAAAUUAAAAAUGGAAGACCAGAGGAUACAAUUUCCAGAGCCACAAGAUCAUAUAAACGUAGUACCAGUGAGUGCAUGCCAUACACAAUCUAAUAUCACGGGCAACAUGACAAUCCCACCACCUAACUUGUCUAGCUUGGGGCCACCGCCUGGUAUUGUGUUUGUCAAAACACCUGGGGUGCAGCCGCCUAGUACAGACACAGUGCCUGAACUCAGCUCUCCGCCAGUUCUGACAGGAGCUGGGGGAGUAGUGCAAAUGUUGGGUGAAGUACCUCACCCACCUCCUGGUCUACCGAUGCCACAAUACAAUAUGGGAGACUACAUAGGACACAAUGCAUGGCCUGCAAAUAUCAUAGUGUCACCUAUAAAUCAACCACUUGAAGUAAUAAAUUACACGGCUGCUAGUGGUGCGCCGACGUCGCCCCUAGUGUCGUCGCCGGGCGACAGUCGCGCCGCGUCGCCUCGCUCGCGCCGCCGACUGUCGAGGGACCGCUCGCCGCCUCCCCCGCCAGUCGGACCGCCCGACCAGCCUCCACUGCCGCACCAACUUGCCGCCAACUUUGAAAACAUGUCUGUCGCCGAGGUGGGUCACUCUCCGCAGCAUCGCGGUCCAUUCACCGUGUUUGCAGCAGGACUUCUUCGCCACAGACAGCCUUCUGCAUUAACGCGGUUUUCGAAUGAGAUGCGUCAUAAUAUUGGUGACGAUCGAUUAAGAGAACUGAACAUGGUGGUACAUCAGCAGCAAUAUAGAUCAUUGGAGAAGCUAAACGGCGUGCGACGACUGACCGGUCCGUACUGCGCGGCGACACGCUCGUCGUCCGACAGCGGGUCGAGCGCCGCGUCGUCCCCGCCCGACACGCCGGCGCCACCGCAGCGCCGCGCCACGCCGUCUGCGCCGCCUCCAAUUCCAUUCCUUCAGUACCCGCGGCCCUUCGGGUACCCGACGCCGCCGCCCACAUACCGCCAGCCGCCGCCACCGUUCGCCAACGGCGAGCCGCCUCCGUACCCGGCGGCGGCGCCGUACGCCGGUUUCGUGUCGGUGCUGUACGCGCCGCCGAAGCUAUCGUGCUGGAACUGCGGCGCGGCGGGGCACGCGGGCCACGAGUGCAAGGAGCCCAGUAUGGAGGAGAUGACGCGCGCGGGCGGCUACCAGUUGGACUUUGGCGGCGCGCCGCCCGAGCCGAGCGACAAGUAG